ACAUUCCGGUUAGGGAGGAGGCUGGGAGUGAUCGCCGUACCCUGCCAUACAACAGGUGUCACUGACACCCAUCCAUGGAGAUCCGCCCACUCUCCGCCCAUUACUCACUGCCAGCACCGCCCACAGAUCACACAACUCUACUGACCGGAGGGGACACGGAGACCGGAGAUCAGAGAUCAGCGCUGUGUACAUAGUGCAGUGCAGGGGGAGACCACAGGGGGCACACUACUACAGGAGACACUACCGGGCGGGGAGAGAAUACCAGGGACUGUCACCUGCCCCGGACACAGGCCACCGACUUCUGGACACGGACUGCACCGACCUACCUGCCUGCCAAGGUUUGUCCUCCGGGCUGAAGAUUAGCCAGAAACCCAAGCCAUGCCCGUGCCUCCUCCUCCACCUCCUCCGGCACCACCUCCACCUCCACCAGGUGGGCCACCAGCACCUCCACCUCCAGCAUUCUCCCAGGGUCGUUCAGCAGCACCAAACCUGAAACCAGAGGCAGGAGGCAGAUCUGCGUUACUGUCCGACAUUCACAAAGGGGCGCGGUUAAGAAAAGUUGCAGAAGUCAAGGAUCGAAGUGCUCCAAUAAUCGAUGGAGCAAAAAAGAAUGCUGGUACAGGAAAUGGUAGGAGUGCAAUGGCACCCCCUAGUGGUGGUCUUUUUGCUGGAGGAUUCCCAGUGCUUAAACCUUCUGGUCAGAGAGAUGCACCAGGAAACAAAAAUGCUCCACAGCUUCCAGGAGUAAAAGCAAAUGUUCAAAAGCAGCAGGAUCAACCUCCAAGUAAUGCAAGACUUGAUUUCCCGAAGCCUCCGCCUGCUUCUGCUCCAGCUACUAUAGCAGCUAGGCCUCCACCACCACGACCAACAAUCCUUGGUCAUUCUCCUCCAGCACCACCUCCAGUUCCAUCUUCAAGCAACAAACCUCAACUGGUGAUGCCAACUUCCCAAGCACCCCCAUAUCCUAGUUCUCCAUUCAAAGAGAAACCUGAAAAAAACACAACAGCGUUUAGUGCCCCACCACCUCCACCUCCACCUUUAUAUACACAUGACAAGUCAAGAACUCAAAGACCUAACUCCCAUUCUUUCCCACCUCCUCCGCCUCCCCCUCCUCUUCAUCCUCCUCCUGUUCCACCAACGGGAUAUGCUGGCAGGAGAAGCCCAUCCCCUUCACCACCUGAUAUCAGAGAUAUACCACCGCCUCUACCACCAGCACGUCCACUUUCCUCACACAUGAGGAUAGAAGAGGAUUCUUUUCCUACGCCACCCGAUCCUAGUGAUCUCCCACCGCCUCCACCUCCUCCUUUUCAUCAAAUGUCAAAUUCAGCCAGGCGAAGGUUAUCUGAGCCAUUGCCACCACCACCAACCUUUAAUGCUGACCAAAAUAAUGCUCCUGCUCGACCACCAAAAGGUCCUCCAGGUAGACCUUCUGUCCCUCCUGUGCCUGGACAUGGACGACCUCUUAAACCUGCAGCAAACAGCGGUGGAAGGCUAGCUCCUCCUCCACCACCUCCAAUGAGGGCACCAACCACAGAGUUGUCCAGUAAGACGCAGUCUAACCAGCUGUCCGCAGGCUGGAAGUCAUCUCCACAGAUUUAUCGUCCUCCUAGCCCAGAUGACUUUGAGUCCAAGUUCCCGUUUCACCCAGUGGAAGACUUGCCACCUCCAGAACUAUUUGAGCCAGGUGAACGGAUUUACCCCAGCAAGUGCCCCUCAGGGCCCUCCGUCCCACCACCCCAAAGACCUCAGAUAAGAUGAGGCCAUCCUCGCUUCAAUGACUGAAGAACAAAAGGGAAAAUGUCUGGAGAACGAAGAGUCUUCAGCGUCAGGGACUUGUCUGGAUAUACCGAAUUGUGUACUUGUGAUCAGUGUGUAAUUAUGAAUUGAUGUCUAAAAAGAUAUGUACAUGAGAUAUGAAUACAUUUACAUUAGCCAUGUAAAAAGGACUGUAAUUCGAAUUUUAGCAGAGCUUGUGUAAAUGCUGGAGUAAAAUUGUAUGUACCAAUAACGGGAAAUGAAGAACUAAUUGAAAUGACAAUGUAUGUGACACAUCAAUGCAAUGUGGUGCUGCCUAUAGAACUGUAUGUUUCUUACAGUUAUUGAGUGAAGAGGAACCACUGAUCAUAAUCACUAAUAUUUAACUAAAAGUGGGAAUCUGGACACGCACUUUACAAUCUGAUUUUAUAAUCUCCUUCAGAUUUACCAACAACUGUAGUGUGAGGGCCUGCCUAAAAUAUCCAAAUGAUAUCUAUCCUGGUAGGCCUUUGUACUAGAUGUUGGUGAAUAUAAAGGAGGUUGUACAAAUCAUAUUGUGAAGAGUAUGAAUAGUUUUAAAGGAUGUAUAUCACUGACAACAACCUUCCCAUGUUUUUUAUUAAUACUUCUGUGGGACUUGCUGCAACUUUUAUCCCAGCUAUUGAGUGUUAAUUACUGUAUUGAGGGGUUGCUGGCUAACUUCCUUAUCAGUAGAGAAAAAAAAAAUCGGAAAUUACUAAACAGUUACACAGAAUGUCUGACAUUUGACCAGUUAUAAUAGGCAGUGAUGCACACAAUGCUUUUUAAAAGUAGCCAACCCAAGGCCCCACAGAGUUUUACACGUGGCCCAGGCCCAUCUGGGGGGACACAGAGAUGCCGUGCAAG